ACAUCCUAGUGUGCGUGUGCGUUGGUGAAACAGCUUCACAGCUAAAAUGGCUCGAGCAGGCAGAGCAGACUCUUGCUGAGACCACCGUAAACCGUGCCAGCAGCGACAAUUCACUGGUUCGCGUUUGCCCAAGUACGUGUGAUCGCCCAAGUGCGUAUGUGUGUCUAUGCAGCAGUGUGAUGAUGCUGUGUGUAUCCUGAAACCUCGGAACUCGGAACGCUUCUCCCCCGGGUGUGUGUGUGUAUGCGCGGAUGUGCUUACUCAACGGCCAGCAGCAGCAGCAGCAGCCCUAAAGGUGUGCGGUACAGUUAGUACGAUAGAGUACACGGGACGACCCAGCACAUCAAGGCAUCCAAGCCGUCGGUACGUACGGUGGGUUGCUAUUUUAAAAAGAAAGGAAAUCGGAUCGAUGACUCUGCUCGAGCGUGAGAGUAGACUCAUUACAGUGUAACACAGUGGGGUGACCGACACGGUGCGAGGAAGCAACACCAGCACAGUUCGGAAAGGAAAGAAAUAAGAGAGAGAAAAACAGACAGUGGUGCGCGCACCGUGUACACCCCGCAGAGUGUGCGUGAGUGAAGCCGAAAGCUUCGAAAGCAGCAAAACCGCACGGACUACGACGGGCAGUCGGUGUUUCGCCAGUGUGUGUGUGUGUGUGUGUGCGUCUAGCGUUUAGCGACGGUGUGGAAAGCAGCAGCAGCAGCAGUACCGAGACGUCGUCAGUGCCGACUUGACGCGAAUCGAUCAACGUCCGCCGUCGCCUGGAACAGAAGAAGCAUGUACAUUUAAACAGUGCUUUUGUGUGUGUGUAUGUUUCCUAAAUGUAAGUGUGUCUGCAUUACGGCUCAGUGACACCAGACGUGCCAAAAUGUAACAAAGACCGCAAAGUAAAAGCAAUAGUAAAACCGUGGUGCAAUAAAUAAGGGGAAGAAAAUGAACUUUUCCUCGCAAAAGACCCCUAAGAUCAGCUUCUUAUUUAACCGCGCGUGUGUGUGUGUGUGAGAGUGUAUAGAGAAAAGGGUUUAAUCGUGUAAUAAAAAAGUGCAUCGAAGUGGUUAAAGAGCACCCAGCAAAGAAAAAAAAAACAUACAUCCACUCCACUACCAAAUCGUUCAAAGCGAACGUCGCUCGACGAAAGUAUGCGUGUUGCGGCGAGAAUGUGCCGAAAAGAGAGCCCAACCUCGCACGAUCGAGUGUGAGAGAGAGAGCGAGAAAAAUAGAGUGUGUGCGGCCUCGACAGCACACAGCAAGCCUCGUACAGCGAGCGAGAGAGGGAAAGUACCCUUUGUGGAGCACUCUCUCUAUCGCACACAGACACAGCUGCUGUGUGUGCAUUGAGUCCCGUGUGUUGGUCGCCCUUAGCCGCGCUUGGUUGUGCUGAACCGGUGUGUGCGUGCGCGUGUAUCCUGAUUCGUGGCCGCUGUGCAAUUGUGUGUGUGCGCGCGCUUGAACAGAUCUAAACGCACACUCUCGAACAGUUAGUGAAGGGUAGGGAGAAGACCCAACAACCAUCUAGCGUGUGUGGUUCAGCCUCUCAUCAGCUCAUCAGUUUUCAUCGGUUAACUGUGGUGCGAGCUUGGCUUGAAGUCUACUUCGUCGUUGGUGCAAGCGCUACCUUGCCCAUCCUUCUUGGCGUUUGAUGAGUUGCGCGAAAUUGUGUGUCUACCGUUUUAUCGGUUUAAGUCUUGAAGAGCCCCAGUAGGCAGAAGGAGGAAUUUAAUCUACUCCUAAGUACACACACCACAAACAAAACGAGGAUAAACGAGCUAUAGGAGUGCUAAAUUGUGCAAAAGUAUUUAUUGUGUGUCGGCUGGUUAAGUUCAGUGUAAAAAAAUAAUCAGUGCGACGUGUAUAUGCGAGUGUACAUCGUUUCGCUGCGCAAGAAAGUGGCUCUGUUUUAAUUUGUUCAUUUCACCACCAAAGUGUGUGUGUGUGUUUCUGUAGAUGUGUAUGUGUGUGUGCGUGCCUGUGUGUACAGCAGUGCGUUCGUGUGUGUUUAUAAAACGUAAAGCAAAAUAGUAAAAGAGAUCGUGCGGGUCCAAUGCAAUAAAAUAGAGCACACACACAACACAGGUAAAGGUGAGAAGCUGCAAAAGAGAAAGUGCACUGGUGUAGCAGCAGCAACAACAACGGCACACAAAAGAAGGGGGUUGCAAUAUUGUAGAGAAAUUAUAGAAGAAAAUUAGCUCCCUCCUUACACCACUACUACACCACUACCCGUCUCUAGCACGCUGUACGGUCUGUGUGUGUGAGAAAGAGCGAAAGAGCAAUAAGCGAGUGAUAAAGAGAGCGAAAGAGAGUGUGCGGUGUGUUGUGGCUGUACCAAAACCCACCCGCCCGUGUGUGCAAUUAAAACCGUAGCGGUGUGUAUGUGUACGGUUUUUAAAAUUAGUGUACCAAUGUUGUUGUUUACGGUUUACCCACUGCAACAACGCGACCGCGUUCGCCUGCCGCCGCCGCCGCCACUACAGCAGCGACGCUUGCUGCAUCGCCAGUAAAACGGGGGUGCACUGUUGCGUUUGUGUGUUUGUUUGUGUGUGUGUUGGGUAGCGCCCAAGUAUGCAAUAGCACACGAAUCGUCGUGGCAUCGUUCGCACACAGUUUUUUUUUUUUUAAUUCCUGUAAGUGGUGUGAAGCAAAGUGUGAAUUAAGGGAGCAAAAUAGAUAAAUUUCACGUACCGUGCGUACGAAGAAGAAUAAGGGCACACCGAAGAAAGGGGAAAGAAGGAAAUAGAUAAGAAAUUGUCUACGCGAAGUGUGUCAGUGUGCGUUCAUACUAUCCAUAGCAUACGGUGUGCGUGUGUGCGCGUGUGUGUGUCUGUGUACAUAUACAAACGGGCGCGUGUUGCUAAAUUUGCCUCCGCUCUCGUCGGUACGGUGCCGUAGUGUCGUCGUCAACACAACACACCAACUGCUACAACAGCAACAACAACAACAACCAAAACCAACGCUCUUAAAUUACACCUGUUCGUCCGUAAGAAAAUGUUCGUUACAACAAUACAAGCAUGACGCACCAGAAUCACCAAACUAACGGCGCCAGUUUGGAAGAUUGCCACACAAACUUCUUCGCUUUGACCGACCUCUGCGGCAUCAGAUGGCGUCAGCUGGUUCUCGGUGAGCGGCCGAACGCGGCCGGCGAUCCGCUCGACGAUCCGGUCGUGCGCUCCUACUCGAAAUGUCUCGCCGUCGACAUACUGUGCGUGUGGCGGAGGGUGGUCGCCCCCAAGCCGAAACCGAAGCCGGACCCGGACCCGAGCAGCAUGUUCGACAUGAGCAUACCGGGCACCGGUAACAGUGGGUCCGUCGUCCAUCCGCCCCUCUCGCUGACCGCCGCCAAGGAGCUGUGGAUCUUCUGGUACGGCGAGGAACCGGACCUAACCGAUCUGGUCGCGCCCGAGCUGCUCAAUUCAUCCGAAGCCGGCGACAAAGGAUCCUGGGAGAAUGGACUCUCGUACGAGUGUCGUUCGUUGCUGUUUAAGGCGCUACACAAUGUGAUCGAAAGAUGCCUACUAUCGCGAGGUUUCGUGCGGAUCGAGCAAUGGUUCGUUCAUCCCACCUCGAACGACGAACGGGUGUUCGGAAAGAGCUCCCAUCAUGCCUCGUUCUCGUUCACGUUCUUCGUGCACGGUGACAGUACCGUCAUCACGGCGAUGGACAUCCGCGAGCAUCCGCCGGUGCGGCUGCUGACGAUGAAGCACCUGGAAGAGGCGCAGCGGGCCGCAGCACCCGGUGCUGCCGCCGCUGCCGCCAGUACAACUGGUGGCCCUGCGAGUCCGGAUGGCGGGCUGAAUGCUGCCCCCGGGUGUGCGCCCGCUUCACCCGGCGGAUCGGCCAGCGGCACCGUCGUGCCGGCCGAUGAUGCGAUCGAACCGCGGGAAGUGCUGCUCGCCCCGUUCGCCAUCACCGGCACGCUGACGGGGCAAAGCUACAGGGCGAGCGAUCCGCACACGCAGAAAAUUCUCGACGACUGGAGCGCGUUCUAUCCGAUCACGAACAAGCACAGCGGGCUGGCGGACGGUGCGGACAGCAUGCCGCCGCUGGUGGAGGUGCUCGUCGGCAAGAUGAAGAUGCGCUACCCGUCCAAGUACGUGCUGGUGCCCGACAUGGACGACUGGACGUCGGCGGGCGACGCGAGGAGCAAUAGUAGUAGCAGCAGUAGUAAUAGUAGUAAUACCAACAGCAAUCAAACCACCACGCCGGCCACGGCAGCCGCCUCGAUUGCAGCGUCCGUGCUGAGCCGCAUCAACAGUGCGUCGGAACGGUCCGGUGGUGGCGUCGCCAGCAACAGCACCACCAGCAACACCAUCAACACAACCAGCAAUCAAACGGCGGCUGCUGGCAGCAGUAGUAGCAAUGCUGCUUCGGCCGCUUCUUCCGCCCGCCCGAAGGACACGGCGAACGAUGCUGCGGCACCCUCUCCCACCGGUACGCUGCGGCAGCGUAAUCACCACAAGUCCAUGAUGACCCCACCGCUUACCGUGCCGGAAUCGCCCUCGAACGAUCUCGGCAAUCCGCUCAGCAUGUCGUCGGCGCUGAUCAACAAGUCGCCGGCCGUCAUCCUGCCCGAGCGGGUCUGGCAGGACUGCAUCAUGCAUGCGCCUACGCCUGCCGCCACCGCAGCUAGCAGCAGUGCGAGCAGCGGCACGACGGCAACCACCACCGCGCCCGGGAGUGUAACGAUCAAAACGGAACCAAAGGAUAAUACCAGUGGCAGCAAUAGCAGUACCAACAACAACAACAACAACAACAACAACAACAGUAAUAGCAGCAGUGGCGGAGGGGACGAAAACUCAUCCGGCGCGGCCAACGGGGUCGACGCGAACGGGAACUCCUCCGUGUGGGAGAUCAGCGACCCGACGGUGAAAGUUUCCUGCUGCUGCAUCAAGUGUUGCAAGCGACCACCAUCUUCCUCGUCGUCAUCGGCCUCGUCGUCCGCUUCAUCCUCGGCAAGUGGACGAACACAGCAGCAGCAGCAGCAGCAGCAGCACACGAUCGGUGCAGCAGGCAGCUCCUCGGCAAAUGCAACCGGCGGCAGCAGCUACACUUCCAUCUCAUCGCCCGGAGGUGGUGGUGCCGCUGCCGCCGGAGGUAGUGGGUCUUUGCAUCCACACCCGAAAUCGUCCUACUCGAUCACUUACCCUGGCAGCAGUAGUGGUAGUAGCCGUAGCAGCCACUACCAUCACCAUCAAUCGACGAAGGACCAUCACCACCACCACCACCAUCAUCACCACCGGCCGCAAAGGGUUGCCUUCCACAAGCGACCUCCGCAGGAGGCGCUCUUCCGUCCCGGCACCGAACCGUUGAGCCUGUCUGCUGCUGCCGCCCUGGCCGCCGCUGCUGCUGCUGCUGCUGCCAACGCCGCCUCCUCGCCUGGAGCCGUUUCUUCCGGUGACAGCGCAGCCGAUUCGCUCGAACUGGCCGACACGUGCUUAAGAUCAAACCAAAACUGUGCCGCAAACAGCGGCAGUGGCGGUGGCAACAGUGGAGCUUCCAAUACGACCGGCGCUGCCCCCGGCAGCACAACGCCCUACGGCGGCCCACCUUCCUACUGUCGCAAUCCGAUGUCGAUCGGUGACUCGCAUCCACUGCCGUCGGAAGGUUCGCCCGCCAGCGCGGCACCGUCCCCGAUGCAACCUUCCUCCGUUUCGCAACCAACCUCCGUACCCUCCGGCGAUCAGCUCAUCACAAUGUCACCCCAUCCACCUGCCUCGAACAACCCGCGCAGUGUGCAGCCCGGUACGCCCUGCCUGGACCACCUGGACAAGAACACGCCGGCCCCGACGCCAACCGAUCAGCACGAUAGUAAAAGCAUCAACGCUUCCCCGUACCACACACCUUCCCAUCCGGGUGGUGGUGGUGGUGGCGGAGGCAGCAGUGGCGGCACUACCGAAGGAGGACAGCAGCAGCAGGCUAGCGCCAACCUGAUGGGCAAUUCGUCCAGCAGCAGCAGCAGCAACAGCAGCAGCAACGGUAGCAACAGCAGCAGCAACUCGCUCAGUGCGCUGAAAGCAUCGCCCCGCAGCUCGCUGUCGUCCUCAGGCAUCGGCAGCCUGAAGGUGCGGUCGGAGUCGUCGCUCGGGGCGGGCGGUUCGUGCUCGCUUGGCAGCGGAGGCGGCAGCGGCGGCGGCGUACCGAUGACGCCCAGCAUCCACAGCGUGUUCAGCUCGGCGCACCAGACGGCGUUGGCGAACAAUCUCGCCAGCAAGCGGGAAUCGAUCCUGCAGAUGCUGCAGUCGCUGAAGCGGCCGUCGCUGUUCUGCAAGGACUACGAGACGCUGCAGGGCGAGGACAUUCCCAGCACGUCGCAGCUGCUGUACGACUACACGUGCGUCGACGCAUGGAUGAACCAUCCGGUAAAGCGGAUGAGGCUGGCGGCGGAAGAGAAUCGGCUCGUGAAGAAGAUACGCAAUCUCGACCUGUACGCGAACGAGCACAGCCGCACGAUGGCAUCCGGCCCCGGUUUGGCUGGCAGCGGGAAUAGCACUAACGGCGGCAUCGGCACCAAUGGAAUGCUGAUGAAGGGUGCGGCCGAAGCGUCCGAAGCGCUGGCGGAAGCGCUGAGCGGCGGUCGGCCCGGAACCGGUGGCGGCAGUGAUAAUGGCGCACCGAACAAUGGUGCCGGCUGUACGCCGCUGCUCGGCCAGAUCAAGAUGGAGAUCGGUUGCGACGGUAGUCAGGGCGGUACGGCGGUCGGCAGUGCCAACGGUGGUACGCCCGACCGUAACGGAGCGUCCGCGGGCAAUGGUGGUGCGGGCGACGGUGCGCUGCUCGGUGAGCACGAGAUAAAGAAGGAGAAGGAGGACAAGGGUUCGAUCUUUCUGACCGAUCAGGAUCUGCAGCCAUCGAUCGACGAUUUGAACCAGAUCUUCGACGACGGUGGCCCGUUCAACGAUGAUCCGGAUCUGCACAACACACCGCCCGGGUCGAACAAGAGCAGUAGCGGUAGCGGGGGCUUCUCGGAGGAGAGUAAACGCUUCCCCAUCUCGAACCACCAUUCGGUGAACAGUGGCAUGCUGAGCCCGAAGGAGCUGUCGCAGAUGUUCCCCACGCCGCCGAGCUUAGAUCCACAUCCCAAUUCGAGCCCCGGGGGCGGUGGCUGUCUGUCCGACGGCGGCUCGAUCGCGCUCGACACGCUGGUCGACCUGCAGAUGUCACUUUCAUCCGGGACGGGUAGCGGUGGUGGUAACGGUGGUGGAGCGAGCUCGGUGCCACCGAUACCGAACCUGGGCAGCCCGCAGGAGGAACCGAUCGACGAUUGGUCGUUCGUGUUUCUCCCGCCACCGAUCUGCCCGUACGUGGGCUCGUCCAAGUACGCGCCGCUGCCGUCGCUGCCGAGCCAGCAGGUGAUGCCGCCCAUCCCGACCAGCACGGUCGCGGGGCUGGUGUACAAAUCGACCCGCCAGAAGCAGAAGGAGCAGGCGGCGGCCGAGCGGGAAAAGCAGAAGCAGCGCGAGCAAGCCGAACGCGAGCGAGAGCGAGAACAGAAGCAGGAGCAGCAGCAGCAGGACCAACCCGACGGUCAGCCGGAAAGCGGUGGCCAAGGCGGCGCUGGAGCAGGCACGGGAAGGCCGUUGGGCGUUGCUGGUCCCACCACCACGGCAUUGGGCGUUGGGCUGGGGCUGCUGCCCAUCGUCAAGCAGGAGGUGGGAGGGUUGACCGUUCCGCAGCCGCUCAGCACCCCGAACUCGCUGCUCGGCGGGCUGAGCGGCCUGAACGGCGGGUCGCUCGCCCACCCGUACUCGAACCCACCGUCGCAGGGCGCCCAAUCGCAGCCCCACUCGCGCCCCCCGUCGGUGAACUCGCUCCCGGGGGGCAUCAUGGGUGGUGGGGCGGGUAUGCUUUCCCCCUCGCCGGCCGGCACUUCGGGCGGCGGUCUGUUCCACCCGGGUGGCAUGGGCGGAAUCCCGGUACCGCUCCGGCAGGGCAUGUCGCCCAUUUCGCCCGCCACGCCCGGCGGCUCGAUGCGCGUGCCAACGCCGCAGGGAUCCUGCCCGCUGCCCUACCCGUCGCCGCUCGGCGGUGCCGGCAGCCCGAACCCGAUGGGUUCGCUGAGCUUCCGGCGCACGACGCCGCUGCUGCCACCGCCCCCGUACGAUGUGGCGAUCGCCAGUCCGGCCAAUUCUGUCGCGACGCCCUCCUCCUACCACAGCAAGCAGUACCCGCUCGACGGGGUGGACAGCGGCGGGCCCGGCUCCAACCGGGGUCCCAUGACCCCGUCCUCGACGGGGGGCAGUGGCCCCCUCGGUGCUGGGACCGUCCAUCCGCCGCUCUCUUCCAGCGGUGUCGGCUGCGGGACCGGUACGCCCGCCGGCAGCCGCAGCAUCGAAACGAACGCACUGCUCGUGAACGUGCUGCUGUACGAUACGGCGCUGAACAUCUUCCGCGAUCACAACUUCAAAAGCUGCACCCUGUGCGUGUGCAAUGCGGGCGCAAAGUGUGUGGGCAACAUACGGGGCGCGGACAGUGGCCUCUACCUCGCGCUGCCCGGCACGAACUGGAUGGAUUCGGUGACGGCGGCCGGCGCCGAACCGACGCCGAGCACGACGCCCGGACCGGCGGGCGGAAGAAGUAAGGCGAGCGCGCUGGCCCAUCUCGGGCUGGGUGGUAGCAGUAGUGCCUUCGGCGCCGGCAUGCUAGGCUCCCCGGCCGUGGGCCGGCAGGAGGACAAGAGCGCGGCGGUUACAAUCAACACGGACAGCCUGCAGAAUGGCUACCUGGACGAGGAUCCGAUCGACUGCCAGUGCGGGUUCAGUGCGGUCGUCAACCGACGGAUGGCGCACCGGGCCGGCCUGUUCUACGAGGACGAGAUGGAGAUAACGGGCAUGGCGGAGGAUCCGGCCGUGCACAAGAACGGCUCGCUGUUCGAGUUUCUCAACGGGACGGCGAAAGCGAUCAAGCUGGAGGACGCGGACCGCGGAGCGUUGGCGACUUCCGCCGGGGGCUCCUCCUCCUCCGCUGCUGGCGGGGACAGUUUGCCGCUGACGCUCAAGGUGAUGGAUCUGCUGCGGGAGCAGUGCUCCGUGGUGCAGAGCUCGAGCAAUUCCAUCCACCGGGCGGUGAACCGGUACCGGGGGCCCCUGUUUGGCCGUGGGGCCGAGAACGGAGCGGUCCACCUGCUCGAGUAUGUGGACGCGAACGAUGUGAUUAGCUUGGCGCUGGAGCAGGGCCGGCUGCAAGCCAUCAACGAGAGCAAGAUGGAUGUCGACCAGCAGCAGCAGCAGCAGUCGUCGUCGGGCGCGCUCGUGAAGGGCGGAACGCUGCGCGGCCAGAUGAACGUGCACAAGUGGCCGUUCCUGCGGGCCGGUGGCCCCAAGAGCAAUCAGGACAUUGUGCGCAUCAUGAAGUCGAUGCAGCCGCUGCUGCAGGACGCCUUCCACAAGCGCUGCACGACCCGGCUCUGGGACGCACCGUACACGAUACAGGGGCCGCUCACGUGGCGCCAGUUCCAUCGGCUGGCCGGGCGCGGUACGGGCCAGUGCGAACCGCAACCGAUCCCGUCGCUCAUCGUCGGGUACGAGAAGGAUUGGCUGUCGCUGGCACCGUACGCGCUCCACUACUGGGACAAGCUGCUGCUCGAACCGUACUCGUACCCGCGCGACGUCGCGUACGUCGCGAUCGUCCCCGACAACGACUACGUGGUGGCGAAGGUGCGCACCUACUUCAAGGAGCUCAGCACCACGUACGAGAUGUGCAAGCUCGGGCGGCACACGCCGAUCAAGGGCUGGGACGGGAUACUGCGCGUCGGGAGCCAGCGCGUGCUGAAGGAAACGCAAAACUCCAACCUGGACGAGUGGUUCACGAACAUGGGCGUGGAUCAGCAGCGCAAAAAUGGCACCACCACUGCAGGGUCCGCCUCUUCCUCUUCCUCUUCCGGGUUGAACGAGCUGCUGCGGCUGUACGCUCAGACGUGUCAGCAGCAGCUCGCCCCGUACCUGUCCAAGGUACCGUCGGACAAGAGUUUGCUCGAUCCGCCGGAGAGCCAUCACCACACGUCGUCUUCCGCGUCCGCUUCGGCUUCGCUCGGGGGCGGUGCGGCUGGUGCUUCCUCGCUCGGCGGCGGUUCGAUGGGCCAGCCGGGUGGCAAUGCGAUGGGCCAGAACCGGCCCGACGGACCGGGACAGAGUCCGAUGCCACCACCGCCGCCCAGUACGCCGGAUUCAUCGCAGCCCGGCGAUAAGGCACCGAACACGCCCAAGUUUGAUCACGAUUCGGAAAAUCGCGACCAGCUGAAUACCUCCUCCGCCAGUCCGGCCGACGGUAUGCGGAUCGAUGACGAUGGGAAGGAUCCGCCCCAUAUCGUGCUGUACAUCGUGGAACCGUUCACCUGCGGUAACGAUUCGCCGGACGUGGAACGGUUGGCUUGUCUGUCGCUGCUGCGGUGCUACUCGAACAUUCUGAACGCCGUCCCGGACUCGAUACGCAGCAAUAUCAGUGUGCAGAUCAUCUCGCUGGAAAGCAUCCUCGAGCUCGGGCGCAACCGCAACCGAUUGCGCCUCAGCGACCACAUGCGCUGCCUGGCGCUGAGCGUUUUCUCCCAGAGCCGCAAGUACCUCGCCCACAUGAACACGGUCAAAAGUUUGACCGGGUUCGGGACGGCCGCCAACGCGGAACAGUUCAUCAAGCGCAAGGACGACAAAAACCGCGUCCCGUACCGACUGUACACACCGCCGUACGUGCUGGCCCGAUCCUGCGAGAAGAGCGAAAACACGGAAUCGUUCGGCAAGACGAGCAUGAAGCAGCAGUGCUCCAUCAUGUACUGUAGCUACUGUUUGAGCGAGGACCAGAGCUGGCUGCUCGCGGUGGCGACCGACGAUCGGGGCGAGUUUCUCGAAACGGUCACGAUCAAUAUCGACAUUCCGAACCGGGGUCGGCGAAAGCGUGCCUCGGCCAGGCGGUACGGGCUGCAGAAGCUGAUGGACUUCAUCCUCGGGCUGAUCUCGCAAACGGUGCAGCCGUGGCGGCUGGUGGUCGGGCGCAUCGGGCGCAUCGGGCACGGCGAGCUGAAGGGCUGGAGCUGGCUGCUGAGCAAACCGAACCUGCAGCGCGCGUCCAAGCAUCUGAAGGACAUCUGCGAGCAGUGUUCGCUGAUGCAUCCGAUCGCGGUGCCGAGCAUACUGAGCGCCUGCCUGGUGACGCUCGAGCCGGACUCGGAUUUGCGCGUCAUGUCGGAUCAGUUCACGCCGGACGAGCGGUUCAGCCAGCGGUCGAUGCAGUCGCCGCUGUCGACGCCGCAGGAUGCGACCUGCACGCACAUACUGGUGUUUCCGACCAGUGCCAAAGCACAGUCUGCCCAGGCGUCGUUCAGCGUGAUCGGAGAGCUGGAUUUGGGCGAGGAUCUCAACAUGGUGAUCAUGGAUGGGGACGACGAUGAUGAUGGUAUCAACAUGAUGGACGUGUUCAAGUGUUGGGACGACUUGCCAAUGCAGCAGAUCAACAUGCCACACUCGCGACCGGGAAGCCCGUCACAGUUCGAAGGCAAUCAGCAGAGCCCGGGCGAAAGUGGCUCCAAGGGUGCUGGAUCCCGUGACGGUUACGGGUCGCAAGAUUCGGAAGAGGUCGGUUUGGUGCUACAGCAGCCGCUAGCAAUCGGGUACCUUGUGUCGACGGCCCCCACCGGCCGGAUGCCGGAAUGGUUCUGGUCCUCCUGCCCGCACAUGGAGAACGUGUGCCCGGUGUUUCUGCGCACGGCGCUGCAUCUGCACAGCCCGACGAUACUGCAGAACACGGACGAUCCGCUGCAGCAGAAUCAAUCGUCCACCGAGCAUCCGCUCGAUUCGAACAUUACCGCCGACGUGCUGCGGUACGUGCUCGAGGGCUACAACCUGCUGUCCUGGCUGGCGAUGGACUCGAACACGCACGAUCGGCUCUCCUGCCUGCCGAUACACGUGCAGGUGCUGAUGCAGCUCUACCACAUGACGGCUGCGUUGGCGUAAGAGACAGAGAGAGAGAGAGAGAGAGAAAGAGAGAGCAAAGCAAGCAUUCCAAACAAAAUGGAUCCAUCAUCAUCAUCAAUACCACCACCAUCAAAACCCAAUCCGGACAGUAUCACCACACAGUGUACGAAGGAGCAGCAAACAGGCGGAGACAACGCGCGUAUGGCAGUAAUCGACUCACCACCGCAACCGCAUCAUCGUUUUUGGAUCACUCUGACCCUUGAUCUUCUUGACCCUGACGGUCUUUAUCUGUCUGUGAUAUUAGAUAAAAGAAAGGAGAGAACCGGAAAAAGGGCCAAAAAUACACACAACGCCCCCUUUCGCUUUGCCCCUCCACCCCCCCCCCCCCCCCCCCCACAUGUAACGAACAGCAGCACCCCACACAAUUACACUCAGUGCUGCGCGGGCUACAUUUUUAUACAUCAACUGCUUCAUCAAAGGCUUCAUCUCACAGGCUUCAAGGCACAAAAGGGUCUAAAAGCGGUGCUCACCGUGCACAAUUGGAGCAAAUUUUAGCACUUUUUUUAACUUAUUAUUGUGUUUGUCCAUAAACAAGAUUGUGUUUUUCACGAUUUUCCCUCUUAAUAACCCUCUUAUAAUCAUAAUUAGCAAUAUUUUUCUGUUAACUUUCUUGUGCAAUGCUUUCAGUUUUAAAUGGGUGUAUAGGAAAUGCCGAAGGCCGACCGAGUCAUUAGACAGGUGCCCAUCGUCCCCGUUUGACCCUUAUAAUUUCUUUCGUAUGGAAGAUUUUUUUUUAAUAGACAAUUUUGUAAAUGUGUUUUUGUUUCCAAAUGGCACGACCGUUCCUUUUCUCAGUGCGUGAAGUAAUUGUAAUGUUUCUAAAGUAUUUAUUAUAAUAUGCCAUUUUUAAGUAUGUUUUUUUUAUUGUGCUGUUUUUUACGCUGGAUCUACGAAAGCAUUGUUAGCUCUCAAAUCCCUUCUUUUUAUAUCGUGUCAAUAGCCUCUAAACACAUAUCUUUCGGAAUAUUGUUUUACCCCCGCGCCGCGCAGUAUUGAUUUGCUUUCCUCGUCCCCACCCCCCGCUCCAUUUCUCCUACUGUAAGAAAACACAUCGGUUUCAAUGGAAAAAUAAUACGAGAACAGUGUGGUAGCCUCUAAACGUUCACGCCGCAAGCAGCCGCCCUGAAAGUCUGAAAGUUACGUGCAACAAACAAACAAAGAGAGAGCGAGAGAGAGCGAGUGAGGAAAAUGAGUUACAGAAUAAAUGAUGCUAAAAUUAUUGUAAACUACAAAAAAACCCAGAGCCCCCGCGCACGAGAAGCGUACGAUUCGUUACUGAGGAACCCAAAAUUCGUUUCGACGACUAUGGGAAAGAGUAUAAGGAACAAAACACCAUCACCACCACCGUCACCGUCGAAAAAAAAAACAGGCACCAAACCAGGCGACGAACCCGUUUUUAACUCCAAAGUCUCGCAACCCAACCCGUACACGGAUCGUUAAAAUAUGUCAAUUGUGGGAAAAGUGGGAUAAGAAUGUACACACGCCCCCGGGGGGGGAAAGGUGCACUCCGUUUAAUUUAUUGCUGUGUUGGGAGUGUAUAAUACGACAUGCCUUCGAGGAGUGUGAAAAUGAGAAGCAUUUGGAUGUUUCUGUAAGGAGAGGUGAAGCCAACCGCAAAAGCCAAUGUGUGGCGCUGCUCUUGAAAAGGUGGCCGACAAACGAUGGUUGAGAUAAAGUGCAAGUGGUAAUUUAAUUGAACCGACAAGACCUAGCAAGCUUCCGGGUAUGACGGAUGAGGUCGAAGAGGAGCAGUGUUUAGUGAGAAAUAGGAGGAAGAUGAGUAGUAUGUAAGUGAAUAGCUAAUAUUAAUUGUAGUAUACACAACCAACCAACCAACCAACCGAAACACACACAAACAGGAGCGCUGAAGCUGUCCGAUUAACGGUAAUUUAACGGUAAUCGGUAAUAGUAGUAACAGGGGAAACAGUAAUAACAACAUCUCAUGUGUUGAAAGCAUCCAUGUGCAGCACAAGCUGCUUCUACAUAGAAACAUUCACUAACUAAACCCAAACUUUUAAAGCCUAAAGCUCGGUUGUAGCGAUAGUACAAGGGUCCAGCAGUGUAUAAUGUUGUUUUUCACCCCCUUUUGAUUUUAGGUUCUCAAUCGCAUUUGUCCUUCACACACGCAUCAAAUGACCAAAAUUGUGCACAGAAAACAGAAACAGAAACUUCCGUGGAAAAAACAAGCGAACUGGACAUAAAAAAAGAGAAUGAGAAUGAAAGAGCUAGAGCUAGCCUAAGACAAAUUCUUUAAAACAAACAAACAAAAUCCGAUCGAAGCUCUGAAGUGCGCUUGUACAGCGGUUUUAGAGAGAAAGGUGUUAGCGUGUAUAGAAGGGAGAACACUAAAGGUGUGUGUGUUGCCCUGUAUUUUUUAAGGCAUUCAAUUCUCGCAUACUCAAAGUAACGUUCCAUCGCGAAUAAGAAUAUCACCAUCAUGAUCAUCAUCAUCAUCAUUUAAAAUCAAAGCUCGAACACCCUUGGACACCGGGAGGAAUGAUAUUUCUCCCGCAAAGGUUGUAGGUAAUAGAAAGCGAUUAACAAAACAUUUUUUGCUAUUAAGGGUCGUAGUGUGUUGUGUUAGGUACUGUGGGGUAGAUAGAUACAUAGGGGAGCAAAAGCAGACCUUGGUUCAUAUAUUACCACCACAGCAAAAGCACUCACCAAAACUCACGAUUUACUCACGAUCACACACACACACACCCACACGCGCGCGAUGUCGUGAUUUAAAAGAUUUGUAAGGAUCAGUAAUUUUUAAGAGAUAUUUAAACGCAUCGCGACUACUGAAACACACACACACUCUCUGACCAACCACUCCCCUCCCUUCCCGUGUGGGGAUCAGCUUUUGCUGCUGCCGCCGCCGCUAUCGUCAAUGCUGCCACACACGGAAGCGGGGCAAAAACAGGAGCUGCUGUUGUUGUGAAACAUUAUUUAUUCGAUAACUUAUAUUUAUAUACUCUAUAUCUAUGUAUCACCACGACCACCACCACCUAAUCUUGUAAUGUGUGCGUGUGUGUGUGCAAUGAUUGCAAAACAAAGAGCAAACCAAUUCUCCCCUUAAAACAACCCCCCCUUUUGCCUCUCUGUUCUCGCGCAAGCGAAGAACGGUGUGUGUGCCGUGUGUGUGCUCGAUGUCCCUUUUGCGGUGACAUAGAGGCGCACGCAACCACGCACACACUUAUUGUAAUAUCUUAGACGUAUGGAAAGGGAGUGGACAGACAGACGACACACAGUGGCAAACAAGAAGAGGAAUAUUAGGGGCCCCACCAAGGCCUUAUAGUAGUUGUUUGAUAGGAAAGACAAGUAAAACAAAUCACAAACACACACAAAUUCACUCACACACUCUGUAACAAGUAAUUAAUUUAAAACUACACUCCCUUCCCCUUCCCACCACCACUCACUCCCCCAUUUUGUGGGGGAAAAAGGAUGCACAUAAUGUGAAUGACAACAUGUACAUAAAUGACUUCCCUUCCUCAUACCCCUGGUAGGCGAUAUCAUCAUAGUGUGUAAGUAGUUUAACAAAUGCAGUUAGUGCAAACAAGUGGGAGGAAGGGUGUGUAUUGAUGCAGUGAAGAGAAGGCAACAACUAAAAAUAACAACAAGAAAUAUUAAGUAGUGAAUAGUAAAAAAAAAACAACGUUUUUAAGUAGUGAAUUACUAACAAAAAAGAAUAAAACUACCGACUCCAUCACACCACAGCCCAAACAAGCGAUACACACAAAACAAACUGUAAUGCUAUACAUAUAUAAAACCUAAUGCAUAUAAAGGAAGUGGAUAGGAAGUGACAGUAACAAAAAGAAAGUAAACAAUUUACUCAUAAACAAAACAACACAAAAAACACAAUCAAAUGUACUGUACAAAAUGUGUUACUAAAAACCUCUUUUUAACUGAGGGGAGAGAGAGAGAAAAAGAGAGGAAGCAAAACAUAGGUGGGGAACAAAGAAUAAUGGUGUGAAAAAAGUUGUAUUACAAAAAGAAGGAGUUUAAGCGAAGCCCUGUAUAGUAGAGUAAAACAAAAAAAGCAAAACCACAAGAAAAGAAGCGGUAGAAAACAAGUAUGAAAUCGUACUCAUUGGUGGUGAAACACCCCCUCUUUUGGUAGAGAAUGAUAAAGAGAGAGAGAGAAAGAGCAAUGAGAAGAGCGCAUCAAUGAAAGACUAAAACAGACUUUUUUGCAUCAUUAAAGGAUAAAAAAAGAGGGGAGAAGAAAAAAAAACACAGUGUAAGAAGCCCAUCAUUUGUUAGGCCAAAUUUGUACUUUAACUGUAUGUAGAAAGGUAGAGAGAAGAACAACAGAAGCAAAACAAACAAAAUUAUAAAAUAUGAACAAAAAUGGGAGGGAGUAAAGUAGAAAGAGCGGUUCGAAAGCAAAAGGAGCAGAAUGGUCAAAAUAAUUCUCAGUUAGAUUUUUUCGAAAUUAAACAAAACAAACAAACAAACUGAAAAACUCACAUAAUAUAGCUAAAACCGGAGCCGUUUUUGGUGUUGUGUGUGUGGGUGAACCGGCGACUGGGCAUAGGUGGAUGAAAGUUAAUGGAGAUAUUUAAGUGGUAGACAAAUUGUUUGUUUUUUUUUUGCUAUAUUUGCAAACGGAAAAGUAGGAAGCUCUAAAAUGUAAAUUAAAAGAGGGAAACUCAAAACAAAAAUAACAGAAAAGGAAAAACAAAUCAAACCACUAAUGCCCAUUAACAAUUACACAAAACAAACACCACCAAUAGGAGAAAGGAAAGGACAGACAGAGAGAAAGAGAGAGAGAGAGAGAGAGAGAGGUAAAGAAAAAUCAGCUAAUAAAGAUUGGUUAUCAAAUGUAAAAACAAGAUAAGAAGAAGAAAGAAUAUGAUGGGAUUUUGUGGGGGGGAUAAUCAAUGGAGUAGAAGUGGACGCCACGAGACACAAAAACCAAGACGGUAGAAGUGGAAGAAAAACUGCAAACCACAAUUGGUAUAAAUUAAUUAUCUAUAUAUACAUAUAUAUGAAUUAUAUUAUAUUGGUAUCUUAACUAAUAAUACCUGUAUAUGUUAAGGUUUCGUUUACAAAAAAAAGGUACACAGAAAAUAAAUGGAUUAUGAUUGAAGCA